AUGAGCAAGAGCCAGCUCCAACAGAGGGCAUUACAGGCCAAGCGGAAACAGCAGAAGAAUGAGGCCGAAUCCGUCGAAAAAUUGAAGCGCAAGUGCGCUGAGGAGCACAGCAAGACCCACGUUGCGCACUGCAAGGACUGUUAUGGGGAGGUUGUGGAGACGAUGAGAAGCAGAUAUGCCGAUUCCAAGGAUGAGUGGUUCUCCAACAACAAAGCCUUCCUGAGCGAUCUCGACGAUCUGUUUGCGAAGCUCAAAGACUUUACGGAAGACCUCAAGUCCAUCGAGGCUCGGAUCGAUAAGGAAAAGCAGAGGCACUACCGCGAGACACUACCUAAAUCGGUAGCGGGACGAAUCGCUGAGGCCUUGAUUGGCAAGGACGAGUUCCAGGCUGCGUUGGAGGACGAGCAGAAAUCCACCGCUUCUCUCAUUGGGGAUGUUCGAAGAGCUGUCAGCAAAGGAGUCAACGACGCACCAAGUCUCGAGGAGCUGGUACCGAAAUUCGAUGACCUCCUACCGGAGAAGGAAAUCGAUGUCCUCAUUGACGUCUUCUUCCGCGACCCGAACACGGGCGAGAUCCCGGCAUCAUGCAGCAAGUACGUGGAGAAGUUGCGGACCGGAGCGUCCAUCGACGAGGUGAUGGGAGCCAUGCAGGCCGACAAGUCGGCCAGGUCCCAGGCUGCCGGGAAUAUGGAAAGGCACAAACGGACACUGAACGAGCUCAAGAGGGCACAAGCAGCACACGAGCAGGAUAAGCUCCUGAAAGCUCAGAAGCGGCAGCAGCCCCCGCCUCAGGGACCGCAAGUCAAUAAGGAACUGUACGAUCUCCCGCCGUGCGUCGCAUGCUCCGGCAAGGUGUCAUCGGACGUCAUCGCGUGCCCUUUAUGUUUGAUCUUUGCCGAGCUGAGCCUCACAAAGAGGACAGUUUUCGACUCGGAGAAGUGUUACGAAGAGGCAUACGACAAACACGUAAAAACAGCACAUAGCUGUGCGGCAGGGAAGGGGUGCAUCCAACUCAAGGAGGAGGAUGAGGAGAUGGGCGGUAGCGGCGAGGGACCCGUCAUCUGCGAAGAGUGCGCCGAACAACUUGGGCAGAGUAUAGUGUACUGCUCAUCCCGCUGCGCCAGCUCGGAUUUCCAGCCUCAUCGAGAAGGGGUCCAUAUCCCGAAUUGGAAGGGACUGGGCAUCGACAUUGGUACUCAAGGGGAGCACUUGGUCUACGACAACGAUGAGAAGACCAAGUAUCACGUCAACGACAUUUCCAAAUUUGUGUGGCGGCUUGACGACGCUUUCGAUCGCGUUUUCAAGGGAAGCAAUCCUGAUGUUAAAGACGUACAGCGAUAA